AUGCAAUUGCCGCAAUUGCCGCAAGAGGUUGCUGUGUGUCCAGAGUUGAAUACCUUUGCUCACGACACCAACGGGCAGACAGUUACGGGGGAACUGGAUUUUUACAUUGCUGGCAAUUUGCAUUGGGCUGUUGAGCUUUUGAGAAACGGGGACAAGAUCAACGAACACGAAAAACUCUUUGAUCCGAAUAACGGGAAAUAUCGUUCGGUUGGGCACAAGGCUCACAUCAUCGUGGACUGCAGAGGACCUCGUGGGAGUAAAAAAGUGAAAUCCAUGCACGAACAUUGUACUCUCUACUUUUCCACAAACUUUGAGUCGGUGGAAAUCAAAAUGCGAGAGCGCCCUCUUUUGAAGAAGAACCUAAGAGAUUGA